AUCCCACCAGUCUGAAGUUGUAAAUGGAAUUUUCUGGCCACAGGGAGCAAUAGAGGCUGGGUGGCCUUCAUUAACCCUGUAAAGGGUUGUUUUAGCACUUACUGGCUCCAGAAAAUUAUGUAAAAAUAUGAGAAAGUUGCAUAGUGUCUCUUUAAAACCCGUACAGCAGCCAGCUAAUAGGGGCGAUUCAGUUCCUUUCAGUGUGAACAUCAAAUCAAUCAAUCAUUCAAUCAAAGAUACUUUAUUAAUCCCAGAGGGAAAUUAGAGUUUCAGUACACACAAUUCAGAGAUCAGACAUACAUGGGCAAGACACAUGACAAGAAUUGGUGACUGUGGUAAUUCGCAACCCUGAGUCGUGCUAUCUUAAUAGAGAUAAGAGGGUUACAUGAGGAAUUGAUUCAGGAGGAGGGGGGAAAAAGGCACUUCAGAGUUACCCUCCCACCAGGAGGGCAGCUUUGCUCUGCAAUAAAACACCUCAGAUAUGCAACAGACUUCAGACAACACAACAUAAGUGUCCACUAGGUGGGGUGGUGGGUUGGGACUAUCCCUACUUCAGUUCUUGCAGCCACGAUAAGCAGCGCAUGUCACAUCAGUGUGGAUAGGGGGAGGAGCAUUAAGGGUUGGAGGGUUGUAGUGACCCUGGAACAUUUCAGCAGCCUUCCUGCAGUCCCACCCAGGCUGAGAAAGGAGACAGAGUUGACUUGCCAUAGCGAAGGCACAUUCCACAUAUCUUCUGAGGGAGGAGUUUUCGUUGGAGCCUUGCAGGCUCAAGGGCGCCAGAUUCCGGUUAGAAAUUGUUUUGGGGCCGGACAGAGAUAAUUUCCUCUCUGUCUUACAGUUUGUUGGUCCUCAACCUCUCAAAAUCCCAAUAAUGGACGUUAAUCUAUCCCAAUCCGUGCUGAUUCGUCCACUCUGUCCUUGAUGGCAUCCAUCUCCGCCAAAGUCCCAAGCUUAUGAUUCAUCUCGACAAUUAUUUGAGUCUGUGAAUUCACAGCGUGGUGCAAACCAUUUCUGAGCUCCGGGAACAGGCCAAUAUUCCUCGACAGCUCAUUAAUUUUCCGGUAAGCCAGGUAGCCUCCAAGACCAAUGAGCAGGAAACCUGACACCAACACCACGAAUAUCCACACAUCUUCAGAGUCUUCCACAGACAGCUGAGAUAGACAGAUCAAGUUCCACUGUUUCCAGGAGUCCAUGAUGUGUCCAACUGGGUCAACAUCAACAAUACCAUCAAAAGCACCUGCAAGUUAAAGCUGCAACAGCAAAUCUGCUAAAAGAGCUAGCUAUUAAACACAAACAAGUUCAUGGAAAACUCGCCCCGUCUGUCGUCUAUCAUCUCCAAACCACAUUCCCAGAGGAAACGAGACAGCGCUAAACACCCGUCGCUGUUUUCUAGGUCCAAACAUCUUUUGGUGUUUCUCUUUUUGGGACUCUGGUAGUUUGUCCUAAAUGUGAAUUGCCGGAUGUUUCUCCUCUGAUAUUAGUGAGCGGAGAACCUCUCACACCAGUGGUGUUCUGCUGCCAAAUGCAUGAGUGCAUAAUGAGUGGAGGACCCAGGGAAGUGCGGCGGUUUGGCAAGACCAACAACCAGUGGUUCCUUUCAGCUCGAGCCGUUAUUGGUGGAGGGUUUUAGACAAAUGCAAGAGAACAAAUGCAUAAAUAAUGUUUCUUUCUUUUAAAUCUCAACAGCAUGUAAUGCUAUGUUUAGAUGAAAAAAAUGUUUUCCGCUGAUUUGUUAUCCAAAUUUUCCAUUGCAGCUCUAAAGCUCAGUCAUAAAUUGUUAUUAUUAGUUCUAAAUUGGACACAAAGUUGAUCUGGGAAUAUAAAUGUGAGAAUGAAAGUGUUUUCUUUUUAUACGAGCCUCAGUUUUACCCCCCAGAAUGAGUCAAUUCAUCCACAGAGAAAACUAAAUCUAAAGAAGAGCAAAUGCAAAGGAAAGAGUCAGAAAACCAGGGUUAGUUCAUAUGAGUCACAACUAAAACCCUGAAGGGCUUCAGAGUUUCUGAGUAAGAAAUUAUAAAACGGUCACAAACACUCUGGAUGAUAAACUUCAUCGUGAUUAAAUCCACCGGUACCGAGAACAAGGGCUCAAGUUUCACGGCACUUCACAUAAAUCAGUGUGUUUAGGAAUUUUCCUCGUGAGCUUUAUUAAAUGUAGCCGUCAUAUUUAGUUAGACAGUAAUGAGGUUUUAAUUUCACCUGCAGAAAUGUGUGAAAGGUCACAGAGGCCGCGUGUGAAGAGGGUGCUAAGUUCACGAGUUUAAAUGAACUGAUAGUACAACAAGGAGGAUUUCAGAAUAAAGACAUAUCAUAUUACUGUACAUGGUCGUGUGUGUGUGUGUGUGUGUGUGUGUGUGUGUGUGUGUGUGUGUGUGUGUGUGUGUGUGUGUGUUUGUGUGUGUGUGUGUGUGUGUGUGUGUGUGUGUGUGUGUGUGUGUGUGUGUGUGUGUGUCCUCUGCAGAGGCCAUUUGUAAUCAGCUGUUAAAGUGGGCUCUCAUCUGUCAGGAGCGUUUGGAAGCAGCAGCAGUGAAGUUGGACGACAGACUGAAAGGACGGCCAGACGGUACCUGGACCACGUUCUGAUCAGCUUCGUGUUGGUUUGAAAGUGUGUGUGUAAGGUUUCCAGUUUGUUUCGGACUGCUUCUGAUUCAGACCCAAUUGAAAAGGAAAGGAUGAUUGAGCUUGGUCUGGCUGACGGGAGCCUGAUUGACGAGCUGAUGGAGCUGACGGCUCAGAGCAUCGGCCACCUGGAGAUCCAGGAACAUUUCAACAUCAUCAAGGAGAUCGGCCGAGGGAAAUACGGAAAAGUGCUGCUAGUCACGCAUCGUUUCAGGGGGACCCCCAUGGCCCUGAAAGUGAUGCCCAAAGCCUCAACUAAGCUGCAGGGCUUUCUGCGGGAGUACUGCAUCUCCUUACACCUGUCCUGCCACCCCUGCAUCGUGGGCCUGUUUGGCAUCGCCUUCCAGUCCAAAGAGCACUACUGCUUUGCUCAGGAGCUUGUCAUUGGCAGGGAUCUUUUUGCUGUCAUUCAGCCAAAAGUGGGCAUCCCAGAAUCCUCAGUGAAACGUUGCGUCCUCCAGAUCUCCAGUGCUUUAGAGUUCAUCCACAGCCACGGCCUGGUCCACCGGGAUGUAAAACCUGAAAACAUCCUGCUGUUGGACAGCCAGUGCUGUCAGGUCAAGUUGGCGGACUUCGGCCUUGCCCAGAAGAGAGGCACCAUUAUCCGCUUUGUCGCGGGAACGCUGCCCUACAUGGCACCAGAACUUUGCGCCGUGGCUCUGCUGGACAACCAGAAGGAGGUGACAGCGGCUCCUCUGAGCAUUGAGCCAAGCCUCGACACCUGGGCCUUUGGGGUGGUUAUCUUCUGCAUCCUUACAGGCUACUUCCCCUGGGAGCGCUGCAUGGGCUCGGACAGCUUCUACCAGGAGUUUGCUGACUGGUGCACGAUGGAGAAGGAAGCUUAUGCAGAGGAGGACAUCCCUCCUUUGUGGAGGAGGUUCACUCCAGAAGCUUUGGAGAUGUUUGGAAAGCUUCUAGCUCUAGAUUCAAUAAAGAGGAGCACAGUGGGAGCGGUGAAAGCAUACAUGGAGAUAGACUGGCUGAAGAAAGAAAAUGGAAAUCAGCUGCAGAGAACAGGACAAGGAAAGAUACAUUCUACAGGGAGGUAAAAGGAGGUGAAGGAGCAUCCUGGUUCAUUUAUAAGAGAGAGCAGACACAGUUACUGGGGAUUUCCCACAAUAUAUGAUGUCAAUAAGAACACUCUGAUGUCUAUAUGAGAUGUUUUUUUAGGAUUCUUCAAGUGUCGGUGGAAUGUAAAGCCACAUUAACUUGUUGUUAAAUAAAAGCAGCUUGGGUGGUCAUGUA